AUGAGCGUCGAAAUUUGCAGCAACUAUUUGCAUAAUAUAUACCUAGAAUUUAGCCUGUUUAACAAUUUUUUAAAGGAUUUAAAUCAAAGAAUAAAAAGUGGGAAUAACGAUAAAUACACGCCUAUAUAUGACAGCUGUAUUGAAAAUGCAUAUAACAUACAAAAUAGAUUUCAUGCAUGGAACAAUGAAGAAGAAGAUAUUGAUGAAAAGUUCAUAGAAUACUUUUCUCAAAACUUUAUUAUAAAUAUUAAAGCCUUUCUAAGGACCAACUUCUGCUCCAUAGAUGAGAAUUUAGACAAUUUAAAAAAUAGAAAUAAAAAACUAAUUGAGAAAUUAAAAGUGGACUUGGAAAAUGCGGAAAAUCAGGAAAAUUAUAUAUACGAAUUGGAAAAAAGCUUAAAAUGUGAAAAAGAAAAAAAUAGGAACGCACAUAAUUUACAGGAAAAAAUAAACAAUCUUGUAAAUCAGAAUGAAAAACUUAAGAACAAAAACGAACAAUUGGAGAUGUCCUCAUGGAAGCAGCAAGAAGAAAACAGUAAAAUAAAAGUUGAGCUGAAGAAAUUUUUGUCUCUCAAGGAAAAAAAAAAAUAUAUUGAUAACGAUAGAAGAUCCUAUAACAGAUUGAACAAAACCAUGAGUACGCUAUUUAAGCGAAUUAAUAACAACAUACGGAGAAGGAAGGAAAACACAUUGUUCCUUGGGAAAUGUAGGAGCUACAGUACCAGCUUUUUGCAUACGUUUAACAGUAUAAUGCUUAAUGAGGAGGAUCUCAUUGGUGAAAAAAAUGAACAUACGGGAAAAUUUGGACAUGAAGCGGGAAACUAUGCACAGCAAAAUGAUAUACAGCAAAAUCGAGAUCUACAAAAUGGCAUACUGCACAAUUGUUCUCAGAAAAACGUUGCCCUACAAAGUGGAGCACUGCAAAAUGUAGGACUACGACAUAACGCACAGCAAAAUGACGUAACAAUGAGUGAUCACUUUGGUCACGAACCCAGCGCAGAUAUCAAAAGGAGGAAAAAACAAAUUCGUCUGGGUCACGAUGUGUAUCCGAGCACUCAUGAAAUGGUUAACCAUAUGAUCAAUUCAAGCAAUUUUUUUUUUAGAGGAGACGAAAGGGGAUUAUGUAGAAAUGAAUUAAAUUGCUAUAAUUUCCACGAAAAGGAUAAUUAUAAAAUUACAGGUCAAGGAGAAAAUAUCUACACAAAUAUAGAAUCCGUAGAUGACAAAAAUAUGGAAAGAAAAUGUCAUAAAUGGAACAAAUUCUUUAAAAAUAGCCAUAUGAUGAAAAGAAUUUUCACUCAUAAUGAUUAUUACAAGGACGGAAGGAAUACCCUGUCUUGUUGCAGCAAUACAUUACUUAUUGAUAUAAGAAAAGCGCUAAGAAGCAACCGAACGUUUUUAAUUAACUCUAUAUUAAAAAAACGGACAUAUAGAGUUAAAAAAAGGAAAAGGAGAAAAUUAAGAACAUUCCUUAAAGAGAAUGAGGUAAAUAAAUUUAUACUCUAUUCUGUCUCCACCUUGCAAUUCAUUUUUUUACUUUACAUUUGUAAAUAUAAUUUUAAGGAGCAUGCUCAGGAAGGAGAUGAUCGGUUGCGUGCCAUAAGGAACAUGAUAAUGGAGGAUUAUCGAAGCACGAUUGGCAAUUUUUAUGAGCACAUAAAAAAAGACAUAAAAAUUGUUAUUGAGGGAGAUGGCAACAUAAACGUCGAUCUUUUUUCGAAUUAUUUCAAAAACAUGAUAAAGGAAAUUCAUGACGAAAAAAAUAAUGUGAAAAAAAAAAAAAUUGAUAAGAUUACCAGAAAAUAUCUCCGGAAAAUUGAUUCUUACAGAUUACGGGAGAGGGACUUUUUCGAAGACGAAGGAAUUGUAGAAAAGAAGAAUUCUAAAUAUCUCAAUAGGAGUUUAAAUAAAUACGACUCAUUUGAUUUAAGGAAAAUUAUAAAAAAUAAUUAUGAACAAUGCGAAUUCAGUAGUGACAAUGAGGAAGAAGAAGGACCUUUUUCUUUCUACCAAAAUAGAAAUAUAAGAAUUAUUGACAGAUUAAAGGAUUUAAAAAAUAACAUUUCAUUUUUUAAGUUUUAUGAUUUAAUUGACUUUCCAAGUAAAUCCUAAUUUUUUUUUUUGUUCAACUUUAAUACUUUUUGUGAUAUCCCCACAUUUGUAUUGGACUUUUUCAAAUAUGUUUUCAUUUGUUGUAACAUUGUGAGUGU